GGUUUGGGUGUGUAUGGAAAGGGGGUGGAAAUGGGAGGAGAAAUCUUGAGGAGGGCCGUGAGAAGAGUUAUAAAAGGCGAUGGAUGCUUGCUGUUAGAUGAUCGGCAAAUAAAGCUCCUCUUGCCUUCAUAAAACGAGUCAAGGUCCUGUCUGAGAAACAACCCCAUAAUUCUGGCCUGAAUCCAUGGAAACAAGAGACACAACUAAACAGAACCUGAUAAGAGAACUGGGAACUACCAACGAACUUCAGGACCGUUUCUUUGCACCUGUUCGCAAUCGCAGAAGAAGCAAGGCAGCACAAGCAGCCCAACUGUUCCUGAUCUUGCAGGGUCCUUGCAUUGCAUAGGCAACCAGCCAUGUUCCGGCCUAGCUGAGCUCCAGCCCGGCACUCCAUGGGGAGGCCCACGACGAGUGCCCUGCUGCUGCCCAUCGCCUUCUUCCUGAGCCUCUUGCAUGCUGCACCCCGAACUUACCUGCCUCUUGCCCGCCGACAGCUCCUCACCAACUUCGAAUGCUGGAAUGCUACUGCGUAUGGUGCCCUGCCUCGGUCCAGAUUGCGAUGCCAGCGGAAGCUGCAGGAAGACCUAUUCCUGCGUGUGCCCAGCCUUAGCCUAAGCCCAGUUCAGCUGUUCCGCAAGCGCCAGACCUGUGUGCGUGUUCGCGUGGCUUUGAACGCUACAGGCAUUGAAGGACUGGAGCUGCAUUUCCUGGUUAUAAGUUCCAAACGCUCUGGCUGGCUUCAGAUCUUCAGAAGAGCAGGCGCUGGAACCUUGUGGCAGGUGCUAUUUGACUGUUUCCCAGCAGAGAGCGGCCGCCGGGUGCUUGUUUCGCUGGAAACCAUUCCUGGCGGGGUGCUGAGCAUCAACGAAAGCCUUUUAAUCCCUAACAACCAAUUAGAAGUUCCAGAGUUCCACCACAGAUGGGUGCCAGCAGAACGGGCUAUUGAGGUGUCUGUCACCGAGGGCCCUGACAUCACAGUACGCCUCUGCCACCAGCUGGCUCUGGAGUGCGAGGAACUGGGCCAGCCGUUCCACCAGCAGGUUCUGGUCUCCAAGCAUCACCCUGCUCUGCUGUCGUAUGAGCGCCUGCUCCCAUGCUUAUGUAUCGAGGCAUCGUAUCAUGAGCAGCACGACAGCUUGCGCAAAAAAGUGUGCCCUUUCUGGGAUCAGCGAGAGGCUUAUGGUCCAGAUCUGUGGUCCUCGGUGGAGUUUCGCGACUACAGCAACAGCGGCAAGGCUGAAAUGGCUAUGUCUCUGAGCGGCCGCUGCCUGCUUCAUCCCAAUGCUUCCCUGUGCUGGAAAGAAAGCGCCACUCCGGGUGCGGCCUGUCAAGACAUCCCCAACUCCACAGUCACAGGAUUACGUCAGGAGUACAUCCUUGAGGAGGUGGAUGUUCACCCUCGGCUCUGCUUCAAGUUUUCCUACAAAAACAGCAGCCACAUUCAGUGCCCACUCCGGACAGACACUGCCUGGAAUGUAUCUAUGAGUGUCAAACCGUGGCAGCUCCACUUGCAUUUUCAUUCUCGUGCACCAGCAUCCUUCAGCUCGGCCUUUUGUCAGAAGCAAUCUCCGCACCAGUGUGAGCCUGAGCCGCCUGUCUAUACCAUCACCCAUCUGGAGAGAUCAAGCCUGGAAGACUUGGACCUCAUCCUUCCUUGGCGGGCCUUGACAAGCUGUGUACUGGUCUGGCGUUCUGAUGUGCGCUUCGCUGGCAAACAGCUUCUGUGCCCAGAUGUGACUCACAGGCACUGGGGGCUGCUGGCCUUUGGAGCGAGUCUAGGACUAGUGUUGCUGCUGGUCGCAGCCGUUCUGCUAAUUCGCUGUGUUCUGCGCAGGCUUCAUAGAGACGUACCGGGCAAGCGCCAUUCUCGCCCCAUCCUGCUGAUCUAUUCCCCCGACUCGGAGGAGCACAAGCAGUUGGUGUGUGCUUUCGCGGCGCUGCUGCGCUCGGCCCUGGGCUGCCCCGUGCUUUUGGACCUCUGGGAGCUGGGCCACGUGGGGCGGCUGGGCAUCUUGCCCUGGGUGUACGCCCAGCGAGAGCAAGUCAGCCGGGAGCAGGGCCAGGUCCUGCUACUGUGGAGCGUCGGCAGCGCCCGCGCCUAUGGGCUGUGGCAAGGGAAGGCCUCCAGGCGCGGCGGAGCGAAGGCACCGGAGCCCCACGACCUGUUUGGGGCGGCCAUGGCCUGCUUGAAAGGCGAACUGCAGGGGGCACCCGGGACCCUGCGAGGAAAGGGCGACUGGGUCAUCGCCUACUUCAGCAAACUGUGCGGCCAGCGCAACAUCCCCCGGGCCUUGCACUUCCUUCCUCGAUACCGGCUGCCUCAGGAACUGCCAGGGCUGGUCAGGGUGCUUCAGGGCCCUUCCAGCUCGGCCCCAAGAUGGCUCCGCGCCAGCGCUAAGGCCCUGGUGUGCCGCUUGCUCAAGGCCGAGAGGAAGAAAGCCGUGCGGAGCCAGAGGCAUCAGCCUUGGAGGUCAGCCACGGAGAAGUUUGCCAGCUCCCUGGUCCCUUUCGCUCCUCAUCCCAAACUGCGCAGGCCGAGCUGCGCUUGAGGAGAGAGGCGCAUCCCGGUGGAGAACGUGUGGGGUUGUGAAAUGGGGCUCUCCCUCCAUUACAGAACCUAGGUUUGCAGCCUGCUAGGUCUGCGGAUGGGACGCGGGUGGCGCUGUGGUUUAAACCACUGAGCCUAGGGCUUGCCAAUCAGAAGGUCGACGGUUCGAAUCCCCACGACGGG